AUGGGUAAUGAAACUAGUCAAACCUUAGAACAACAAAAUAUGAAUAAGAAUGAUGAUGAUGUGAAUUAUAAACGUAGUCAAUCAUUACAACGUGAUUUAAUUAAUUAUCCUAUUCAAAAUGUAUCUGAUACAGGAAUUUCUUCAUUAUUACCAAAUUCCCGUAAAAGUCAGUCACAGAUUUCAUUGAAUGAAACAUUUAAAACAAAUGAUUAUAGUCAAGAUAAAUCUAAUUCAAAAUUGAUUACAGAUACAUCAACAACAACUGAAAUAGCAUUAUUAAAAACUGUACAAAUGGAAUUAACUGAUGAUGAAAAAGAACGUAUACAACAAGUAUUAGCUAGAGCACGUCUUAUAGAAAUGAAUGAAGAUAAACGUGUAACGAAACUGCAAACUGAACUAAAACGUACUGAACAAGUUGUUAAACGUCGUGUUUCAUUAUCAAAUCAAGAUGUUACACAGCAAGUUUAUUGUUGUUUACUCUGCGAACAAACUCCAUUACCAGAAGGUCAAUAUUCUGAACAAAAUUGGAAAGUAUGUCAUGAUUGUCAUAAUACUCUGUGUCCAAACUGUGUAGUACAGAUUGGUAAAAAUGUUGAUUCUGAAAUAUUUUGGUUGUGUAAAUUAUGUCAAAAGAAACGUCAAUUGACUGUCAGUUCUGGUAGUUGGUUACAAGGUCUUCCUAAAAAUAAUAAUAAUAAACAAACGAAAGAGUUACAAAAACUAAUACAAAAAACUCAUGCAAUUACACGAACAGCAUCUUAUUCUCAAUAUGAAGAUCUAAUUGAUCAAGUUAGUUUAGAUGAAUCUACAGUGAAUAGUGGUGAUCAAGAUGAACAUGAACGUGAAGAAGAAAAAGAAGAAGAAGAAGAUUGGAAACAGUUAACACAGAAGGACAAUACACAACUUAUAAAAUCUCAUCAAUAUUCUAUAUUGAAAAAUAUUCAUCAAAGAAGAGCUUCAGAACAAAGUAGUAUUAAAAAUAUGGUUAAAUCAACACACCGACCAUAUCAUUCUAUUAAAGAUGAUCAAUCUGUAAAUAGCGAAGCUAGAAAAGUAUCAAUGCGACAGAAAUUUUUACACGGUAAUGAUGCUGUUAUUCAUGAUGACGAUGAUGACGUUGAUAGGGAUAAUUAUAAAAAUCUAACUUAUCAAAAUCGUAUGCAUUUAUAUUUUACAAAACAGAUUACUGAACAAUUCAGUGUAGAUAAUGAUGUUGAUGAUAAUGGGUAUGAGAAAGAUCAGAAAUUUGAUGAGGAAAGUAAUGAAUUUAACGAAAAUGAUCAUUUUAAAGAAAUAAAUUUACAUAGCAACAAGUUAUCAACUAUAGUUCAACGAUCACAUCAUGAAGAAUGUUAUGAAGGAACAAACAUGAUUGAUGAAAUACAAAAAAUUACAUCAACUGUUAUUAUUGAUGAAAAAGCAUCUGAAACAAAAAACUUUGUUCAGUCUACUUAUACAAAUGUUCCUUAUGAUGACAAUGAUCAAACAGUAGUUUCAUUGUGUACAGCCUCACCAACCAACAUAUUAUCUCAUCAUCAUACAGAUAGACAACAGUUUCUACCUGAAGAUUAUGUCAUCUCUUCGACAGAUUAUCUGAGUACUACUUAUAAUAACAAUAUUAAUAGUAGUCAAGGGCAUUCAAUUGAAUCUAAUCAUGAUAUCAUUACAUCAAACUAUAAUGAAAAUAUGAUAGAAUCAUUUAAUUUUUAUCCAAUCAAUCAUAAAGAUUAUCAAUUCGAUGAAGAUUUAUUCAAAAUUUAUCAAAAUAUACAACAACCUUCAUUAAAACAAACUUCUAAUCAAUUAUCAAUGGAUCAAGUCGGUUUAAUUAUACCUCAACAUAACAGUUCUAAUGAAUAUAAUGAAGAUAUUGAUCAUCAAAAUUUAUUGUUGCCAAUAAAUUGGGAAAAUAAUUCUUAUCAUUUACAAAUGAAUAAUCAAAUACGUAGACAAUCAUGUCCAAUAAUUACUGACAGUGUAUCAUCACCACAAUCAUCCUCAUCAUCAUCACUAUCACCAUCAUCGAAUCAAGUUAUAAGACAACAGCCAAAUUUCACAACACCAUCUAGUUAUUUUGAAGAUAUUCAUAGUGGUGAGGAUGAUGAUGAUGAAGAGAAAUUAAUUCAUCUAUAUGAUGAUCAACAUGAUUCAUAUCAUCCAAAUCAUGAAAUUCAUUCAAAUCAUUUAAAUUUAUUUUUUCCAUAUAAUUUAAAUGAAUCAUGGGAUUAUACUGAAGAUUUACGUAAGAUAGAUGAAAAUAUAUAUCAACGUACAACUAUUCCAUGUAAAACAACAGAUCUUAAUACUACUACUUAUGAUACAGUAACUAGUAGUAUAUUUAAUGAAAAUGAAAAUAACAUUCCCUAUACUGCUAUAUCAACUGGAACUACUAAUGUAUCUUCAAUUGAAAAUUAUUAUAUAGAUAAAACUAUACAACCAUUAUAUAAAGAUCAAGAUAUUAAUUUUAACCCUUCAAUGAAUGAUCUUUAUUUAAAUUGGUUAAAUGAAUUAAAUUCAAGUUAUAAUUCUAUGAAUCAACAAGAUACCAAUUCUAAUGUAAAUAAACAUGAAGAUUAUGUAUCAGAGUGUUCAUUAAUGAGUACUAAUAGUUUACAAGGUACAUUAGUUUCAAACUUAACAACAACAACAACAACAACCAAUUCUGGUAACAAUAAUGUUGAAUCAAUUGAACAAAAUCACCUUCUAUUAAAACGUUGUCCUAAUUUUGAAAAUAUUAGUCGUUUAUCUAAUAAUAAUAAUAAUAAUAAUAUUCAAUUAACAGAAAAAAGUGAAAGCUUCUAUGAAGGAUUAAUGCAAUUAUCUGAAAUUGCUAAUGAUGAAAAAGAAGAUUUUGAAAUGAAUAAUGAUACACCGACAAAAGUAUGGGGUCGAGAAUUUCGUGAUAGACUACAAAUAUCUGAUAUAUCUACAUGUUUACCUUCCAAUCUAUUUGAUGAUAUAAAACCAGAAUUAGAAAUAUGGUCCAAUUUAUUUAAUACAUCAGAAAUUGUUGUAGAUACAGCUAGAGAAGUUUCUACACAAUUAAAUUUAUUGAGUACAUUAGAAGAGGAUGAUAUCAUAGAAGAAGGAAAUGAAUGGGAAAAGAAAAAAGAAGAUACAGUUAAAAAACAAGAAGAAAAUAAAAAAGACAAUGAAGAAAAUCAAAUAGAUCAUGUUCAAUUUGAUAAAAAUGAUAAAACAUUAGUGGAUUCAAGAAAUCAUACGUUUAUAACAACAGUUGAAAAUGAUAAACAAGAUGUUAGAAAAGACAAUGAAAUGAAUGAAGAUAAUGAAAAGCACGACAGUACUUCAUCAAACCAUUCAUCUACAAAACCGUAUACAACACAUAUGGAAAAUGACACAGAAUUGAACGAUCCUGAAAGAAUCCCCACUCAAUUGGAAACUCAAAUCGUUGCUGAAGAAAAUGUUAUUUCUCAACCUUUUAAUUAUGAAAAAGUAUCUGAAAAUAAUGUCAUAACUGAUGAAAAAGCUGACCAUUUAGUAUUUUUAGAUAAUCCUUCUCUUACUACUUAUAAAUCAAAUGAAAGUAAUCAUAUGAUAAUGUCUUACCAGAAUAUAAAAUUCAAAUGUGAACAAAAUCAAUUUUUACAUACAUCAUUACCUAUUGAUAAAAUGACAGAAAAUUUUAAACAAAGAGAAGAAAAACUUGUGAAUACAAAAAGAGACUUAUAUCAUUCAGACAUAUUUAAAUCCUAUGAACACGUGAUACCAACAAUGAAUUCCCCUACAUCAUUGGAUAAUCAUUAUUCUGCCUAUAUUAAAUGCCCAGAUAAUAUGAAUGAGAAAGAAGGCAUUAUUCAUGAAACUUUCUACCCUUAUCAUCAAUAUGAACAAAAACAACUACCCAAUGAGUAUAAUCAAACUCAUACAUACCUUAACAAUAAGCGACAAGAAGAACAACAAGAAGAUUAUUAUUAUCCAUUGAUUCAAUUGAAAAAGGAAGGCAGUCAUUUAGAAUUAACCAAUAAUCAUAAAGAGAUAAAAAAAUCAAAUUCAAUUUUUCUUACCUCUUUUUUAAAUUCUAAUUCUAAUAAAAUAAAUUCUAUUGAUCAAUCAUUAAAUUUGAAUCAUUUACAAUAUUCAUUUAAUAAAUUAAAUCAUGAAAAGAAUAAAACCAAUAUCAAACAAAAUAAUAAUGAAAAUUUAUUAAUAAUCAAUAAUCAAUCAUUAAAAUCAAUAGAAAAUUCAAAUAAUUUAGUAACAUUUUCUGAUACUACUCAAAAUUUAUUUACUAUACCCCAUAAUAAUACAAUUACAUCGGUUUGUUUUAGCAUAGAAACUCAAAAACAACAACAACAACAACAAACCUAUCCUACUCAAUCAUUAUCAUUAACUAAACCAUUAUAUUAUAUACAUGAAAAUUUAUUAAAACGUGCUAAAUUUAUUCUUUCUAAUUCAUUAUUAAUUAAUGAACCUGAUCCAACGGAUACACUUUUAGCUUUAACUGAAGAUAAUAAUAGCAAUAAUAAUAAUAAUAAUAAUAAUAAUCAAUCCCAUAGAUCAUCUAAUAUAAAUUUAAAUCAAUCAUCAAUUAAAAAUUAUUUUCUUUCAUUAUCUUGUCCACAAUCAAUAAAUGAUCAGUCAAUAAAUGAUCAAUCAAUCAAUAAUCAAUUAAUCAAUGAUAAUUAUGAUACAUUAUCAGAAUCAAGUAAUUUAUCAAUUCAUCUACCUAUAACUAAUUCAAUUGAAGAUGAAAUAAAUUUUAAUUUAAAAAAAUUUUAUACUAAUAAUAAACAUUUAUGGAAAUCAUUACAUUCACAAUGGUAUAUACAUAUAUUAAAACGUAUUAUUGAAGAAGCUGAAUUCACUACAAUAACAGAACAAACAAUUGAUUACGAUAAUUUUCCUAAAGAAUAUAUGUCAUCAUCAUCUAGUUCACGUGGUUCAUAUUUUGGAAAUCAAGGAGGAAGAAGAAGAAGGAGACCACAUUCUUCUGCUUAUAGUUAUAAAAUAAAUAGUUUAAUAGAUGAUUUACCUGGAUUAUAUGAAAGUCCUAAUUCAUCAUCAUCUAUUAUUCAAUCAGGAUAUUCUUAUAAUCAUAGAUCAUUACAUGAUAUUUAUCCGGAUAGAUAUAUUAAAUCAUUCAAUGAUGAUGAUGAUGAUAAUAAUUAUCGAAUAAAUUUUAAACCAUCAUCAAAAAGUAAUUUAAAAUAUUCAUAUGAUUCACGACCGUAUAGAUCAUAUUCAGAGGCUAAUACAUCACAUCAUCAUUAUCAUCAUUCACAAAAAGAUAGAUCAGGUUUAGCAUCUAUUAUUCGUUAUGAUCGUCGUAAUAAAUUAGGUCUAAUUCAUCAUUCUUCAAAUCGUUUAAAACAUACAAAAUCAAAUGAUGUUGAAACUGUUCUACAACAAAGAAUUAUAAAAGAUCCUAAUAGAAAUUUAAAAUCAAUAGAAUUUGAAAAAUCCAAAGAUUCCAUGUAUCCAAUUCGAUUAAACAAAAAUUAUCAAGAUUAUGAAACUAGUCAUAGAAUAAAAAGGAGUAAUUUAAGAAGUUAUACACCAACAUAUAAAUCAUUUUAUAUACCACAAACAAAAUGGUCAAAUGAUAAUAGCUAUUUAGAAAUCGGUUCAUAUUUUUCCCUACCUUUAAAUGAUUAUCAUAGAAAAGGAAUAAAACAUUUACAACCUACAUUAUUAACUAAUCCACGUUAUGAUCCACCAUCUGAUGAAUGGAAUAAAUUAGAUCAUCAUUUAACUCGAAGAAUUGGAAAUCUAUCUAAAUCAACUGGUCAUUUAAGUCAUUUAGAUGAUUUAAACAAAUUUUCAAAUUGUACUUCUAUGCAAACUUUAAGAGCACGAUUAGCUGCUGCACAUUCAGAAUUUAAUUUAGAUCAACAUGAAAAUAUAUCAGAUUCAUUUGAAUCAAGAAAAUUUAAUAAUAAUAAUAAAUUUGGUUCAUUAGAUUAUCAAACUGAUUCAAAUGAUUUUACAACAAGACAAUUAAGACAACAAGUAGAACAACAUCAUCGUCGUUUACUUAAAAGUUUAAUGAGUGAUGAACCUUAUGAAUCUAGUUGGCCAUCUAGUUUUUCAAAUUUUGAUCUUCAAGGAUAUUUAAAUUCAUAUUGUGAUGAAUCAGAAAUGAGACCAACAACUCUUAUUUCAUCUACUUUAGCGCCACCAAUAUUUUCUACAGCUUCAACAAGAUUUCCAUUAAGUAAUGAACAAGGUAAAUUAGAUGAAACAAUCAUGGAACCUAUAAACUAUUUAUCUACAACUGAUCAACAGUUUCUGCCCAUACCAAAUAUGUUAACUACGUCGAAUUUGAAUUCCACCACUCCAGUAGUAUUACCAAAUCAAGUACCUAUAUCAAAUAAUUUAGCUGAUAAUAUUAUGAAUAACACAAUUAUAAAUCAGCCUACAUCAGUCAGUUUAAAUGAACAAAUACCAGUUUCAAAUAACACAUUAGUCGACCUUAUUAAUAAUCCUGAUUUUAUACAAGCUCUUACAUAUAAUCCAGAACUUAUAAAUCAAAUAAAUUCAAUGUGCCUAGAUCUUGCACCAGCUGAUUUAAAUCAAGUAACUUUGGCAGCUGUUGCUGGAGCAAUUGCAGCUACAGCUGUAGCUGGUUCUGGAAUGUUAGAUAGUAAUACUACUACUGAUAAUAAUAAUAAUAAUAAUGUAAUUACAUGUCAGUCAACUAAUGAACAAAUCAUUAAUAAUCUAUUACAAAAUACAAUUACAUCAGAUCAAAUGACAAAUUAUUUAAAUACCGGAAAUUUUAUUUCAAAUAACAAUACUACUGAUUUGAUAAAUAAUGUUUCAUCUAUAAAUUCUACUUAUUUAAAUACAAUGAAUUUAUCAAAUAGUCAGAUAAUUAGUGAUAUUAACAAUAAUAAUAGUAAUAUUCCAAAAAUGAAUACUUCAUUAACUGAUGGGAAUUCUUCUUUGGAUAACAUAAAUCCUGAAUCAAUAGAUAUACUAAUUGAACAAGUACGUAAAUUAUUAAAUGAACAGAACAAAUUUGAUUUAAUAAAUCCGAUAACUUCAAUAAAUAACAAUAAUAUAAAUGAUAAUAAUAACAAUACUACUAUUACUACUACUGUUAAUAGUAGUAAUAAUAGUAUGCCUUUAAAUAAUUCAUUAAUAUCAUCAUUACCAUCAUCAAUUCAUCAAACAAGUCAAUCAAUAAUGAUCGAAGAUAAAAUACAAAAUCCUGUAGAUAUUUAUUGUAAUAAUUAUCAAAAAUCAUUAAGAUCUAUACAUAAUCAAUCAAUUAAUGAAGUUAACAAACAACAAUAUAAUCAAAUAUCUAAUGAAACUAUGGAUAAUUGGCAUGGAUUAAGUGAAGAUGAAUGGAAUUAUAAAAUUUAUAAAGAUAACACGAAAAAUCCGAAUUCAUGGAUAGACAGCAAUACUACAUGGCCAUCAUUUAAUCCAGUAACCAGUAACAAACCUAGAUCAUUAAUACAAUCUACAAAAUGUACAUAUGAUUUUCCAACUAAACGACUUUUAUUAAUGCGUGAAUCUAGGGAUCGAUAUCAAAGAGGGGGCGGAAUUGGUAUGCGCAUAGUUGGUGGACAUAUUCGAUCAGAUGGAAAUUUAGGAGCAUUUGUUGAAGAGAUUUAUCCAUCUGGUCCAGCUGAUCAACUUCAUGGAGAGAUAAAAGAAGGUGAUGAAAUACUUGAAUGGAAUUCAAUUCCUUUAGUUGGUAAAACAUUUGAAGAAGUACAAGCUAUCAUUAGUCAAGUUUCUGAAGAAACAGAAUUACUUGUCAGAGCAGAUUAUACUCAAGGUGAUGAUGAGGAUGAUGAAGGUGAAGAUGAUGGUGAAGAAAUAGAAGAAGAAGAAGAUGAUGAAGAUGAAGAGUAUGAUGAAGAAUAUCUUGAUGAUGACGAUGAUGAUGAAGAUGCAACAUCUUUAAUGAAGACUUGUGGUUCAGGAUCAACUGGGAAUAGUGGACAAACUAAUAGAACACAUGCCUUAUGUCAUCAUCAUGCAGCACAACAUGCAUUGAUGAGUCAAUCAAAAGGUCCACCAAUUUGUCCACAUAUACGUCAGCAUUAUUUAUCUAUGCCAACAAGUGAUCAUCGUUCAGUGAGUCAAGUUCCACAUAGUUCACAUAAACUACAUUCAAAAAAUGAACAACAAAUACAAGAGGAAGAUAUUGAAGAAAGCGGAUUAACAAUGAAUAACAACACUAUGAACUGGAUUGGAUCAGAUUCUCCCAAAAAAUCUAUUAAUCAGUCAUCAUCAUCAACUGUACAAGAUUCAAAGUAUACUAAACAGUCAAAUAUUUCUGAUACUGAUAAAAUAAAUAAUAGUAGGAGAUCGUCUAAAGGAGGCCGUCUAAAUGGACCACGCGGAAGCCGCUCGUCUAACAAUGAGAAAAAUGAUGAUACAAUAGAAUAUGGUGAGAUUGAAUUAAUAUUAACAUUUGAUGAUUAUGAUCAAAGUUUAACUGUACAUGUUGCACGUGCACGUAAUCUUCCGGCGAUGGAUUUAAAUGGUUUAGCUGAUCCAUUUGUCAAAGUAAGAUUACAUCCAGAUCCAACAGAAGACCCUGAUUUUAAUCGUCAAACAAAAUAUAUGCCUAAUACAUUAACACCUGAAUGGCAACAGACUGUUGUAUUUAUGAAUUGUAUAAAACGUACAUUAAAACGACGUGUACUUGAAGUAACUGUAUGGGAUUUUGAUCGAUUAAAAACAAAUGAUUUUAUGGGACAAACAAUUAUUAAUCUUGGAGAUAAAGAAUACCUUGAUGGUAAACCUCAUUGGUUUAGUCUUCAUGGGUUAAUGCCAGUUGUUAUACCAGUACCUAAAAAGUCAGUAUCUUCAUCGAAAACUUCAUCUGAUAGUUCAAGACAAGCCAAGAGCUCUAAGGACAGUAGUUCUAGAAGAAGUACAGUGAAUAAAUCACCAAAAGAUCAACUUCAUUCUCAAAGAACAAGUACAUGA